AUGAAAUUAAUAAUCUUGAUUCUUAUAUGCAAUACUGUUUUAGGGGCAAUAUUUGAAUAAGGAUAUGCGGCUUCAGGCUAAAUUUCAGCCCAUCAAAUAUACAGAUAAGUAAUUAGAAUAUUGACUAAUCAAGGAUAUAAAAUUAAAUAAUAAUUUUGCAGAAAUUCCAAAAAUUGUUUUAAGUGUGAUUGGUUAUCAAUCUAAUUAAAAUACGUUAGACUUCUUUUCAAGAGUAACUGAUGUAACAAAGGAAGGUAUUAUACUAUAUUAUGAAUAAAGGAUUCUAAUUGUAAGUUAUAAGUGAUUCCGAAAUAAAUGAAAUUAGAUUCAACUAUUUAGCAACAGAUCACAAAGAUGUUUAAACAAUAUGCAAUAAUUUAGAAGUUUAAAAAGAUUAAAUAGAUAUGAAAUUUAAUACUGAAUUUGAAGAAUUACCAUAGGUGGCAGCGUUUUUAACAGGAAUUCACAGAUAAAAUUAAGAUGACAUAAUUUUAGAGAUAAAAUCAAUUGAAAAGAAUCAAGUUCAUUUAGCUACAUAAUCGAAAGCAGAAAGUUCGCUUGGUUUAUGCUUACUUAUAGGACCUUAGAAUGUAUUUAAUCGAAAAGAAUUACCAAUCAUGCAAAUUUCUCAAGGAUUACCAAAUAAUAGUUUUUAUGGAAUUUCCUCUUUAGCCGGAGUAGCCGAUAAUGGAAUUCUCUUAAAUCUAAAUUAAAUGUAGGUAGAAAACUCCUUUAAAAUUGGUUUAACAUUAAUAGAGAUCGAUCCUGGACAAAUCACUAAUUAAGAAGUGAUUUAAGAUAAUAAUACUGUUUCCUUUGAUGAUUUAGUUGAUAAGUAAAUGCCCUAAGAAUAACCAGAAUAAAUUGAUUUCUUUGAAUAAGAAGGCCAAAUUAAUAUUAAUAGUAUUUAAAUAACUUAAGAAGAAUUAGAAUUUGAAUCUAAAAUAAAUUCAAUUUCUUUCAUAUAUCCAGAAUAACAGGACUAAUUGUAUAUUGAAGUUGAAGAAUAAAAUCUCUAAUAGAUCAAAGAUAACACUUAAGAAAUUAUGACAAUUAGUGAAUCUUGGUUGUAACAUGAUUUGUCAGUUGUUGAUUAGUCCUAAGAGUCCUAAGCAUCUCUUGAUAAUAAUUAAGUCUAAUUCAAUGAAGGAUAACAAUUAUUGACCAAUUUGAUUAAACCUUAAGAUUUUAAUACUAAUUCAAUUGAAUAUGAAGACUUUGAAUCAUUCAAAAGAUAAGCCGAAAAUAUUGUAAUUGUUGAUUGUACUCAAGUUAUUAUUGAAGAAAACUAAAAGAAAUCAUAAAGUAAUUAAGAUUCUACAUCUGAGAUCUCUAUUGAUUCAACUCAAGAUUAUGAUCUCUAAAAUUAAAUUGAAUAAUAAAUUGAUUUAGCUGAAGAAUAAAUUGUUGUUGAUGAUUUACAAGAAUAAAUGAUGGAAAUGUAAGAAGAAAUGUAGAAUUUGUAGCAAAAUUCUUAAAGCAGGGUUUCAUCCGAAUUGGAUCCAUUCAAAAUAAUAGAAUAAUAAUAAUUUAUUGUUGAAUAAUAAAAAUAAUUGGUUGAUUAAUAAUAAUAAAUCAUUCAAUAAUAUUAAAAAUUGUUUGAAGACAAGGUAAAAAUUUUAUCUGAUUAAUAACCAAAUAAUGAAUUUGAUGAAAAAUAAGUAGAAAAAGAAUAAAACACUAAUGAAGAUCAGCUAGAGACUUUGUUUUAAAGCAAUUUAAAUAUUAAUGAUAACUAAAAUUAACUAACUAAUUAAGAAGAAUAAAAUUAAAAAUUACCUUAAAAUUAAGAUUAAUUAUAAUAAAAUGUUCUAGAUCAAAAAUAUGUUUUAUAAGAUUUUCCAAGUUAAAAUUUAGAAAAUAAAAGUAACUUAAAAAAAGAUUUAGAAUCAUUUGAUAAAAUCAAAAUAAGGAAAGACGAAAUCGAUGAAUAAAAGGCUACCUAAAUAUUGAAAGAAAUAACUAAAGAUUUGCUGAAUGAUGAGAAAAUGGAAGAUAAAAUUAAUUAAAUAGAGGAUAGCCUUAAUGAAGUGUUUUAAAUAAAAUCAUAGAAUGAAGUGUAAUAAAAUUUAAAUGAUGACAUAAGUAGUAUACCUUAAAAUAAGAGGGUUGAGUUCAGUAAUAUAAAAAAUAACUUGGAUAAUAUUACAAGUAUAAUAUUAUUAUUAAUUUAUGUAGCCUUAAAUUUCUAAGAUAUUAGUAAUUAAGCUGAAAAUGUAAGUUUAGAGGAAAUAAGCUAAGCAAUAUUUCCAUAAGAAUAUGAAAUUGAAUAAGCAUAUUAUGAUUGGUCAAUGAAUUAGGGAUUUAUGAAAAAUAGAAAUGAACUAUAAAUUAAUUAAGAGCUUAUCCAAUAAUCAAAUAUGUCAAACUAACAAAGCUAAGAGGAAUUAUAGAAAUAAAUUGAAGAAUUUUUAGAAUUAGAUUAUAAUGAAUCACAUUUUAGUGAUCCACUUUUUGAUGAUUUUCAUUCAUUCUUUUCUGUUAAUUAAUAAGUUAAAAAAAAUUUAAGGAAGAGAAAAGUAUUAAAUGUUUGA